CUGUCCUUUGUUUGCCGCUGCCAUCAAAUGUCCCAGGCCGAAGAGCAGCACCGCCAGCUGCAACAGCCCGCGACGCGAUCGACGGCGCCGUCACCGACCACCUUGUCUCGUCGCUCCCGCACGGCCCGACCGGCAACAUCGUCUCCUGACAAGUCGCACAAAUCAUUGCACAACCACAACCAACAACUCACGCAUCGCAGGUCUGCUGCAUCAUCAAACAGCAACACAUCUCAUCACACUCGUUUACCUACUACAUCAGGCGCAGCCUCCACCAGCGCAGCCCACGACUACGACUCGGACUCGUCCAUCUCCUCUGCCACCUCCACCGCCCUCGUCGACGCCAUGCUGAGCGGCCGCGACGCAGCGUCCAAGCGCGCGCGCGCGAUCGAGGAUCUGGGCGACUUGGAAGAAAAGGGCCUGCUGCACCGCGACGACGCGCCCAGCGGCGGCGCAGACACACCGCGCAAGGGCAAGGGCCAGGACCCGCGCGAGGCAGUCUUCGAGAAGCUCGAGUUCCAGGACACGGACGAGCAGGUCGCCCCGGGGCUCAAGAGCAAACGCGACAAGCACGCCUUCUCGCUCCUCGUCGUGCUCUACCUCCUCCAGGGCGUGCCCCUCGGUCUCACGUUCGGCACGCUGCCGUUCCUCAUGAAGCCGUACAUCUCGUACUCGGCCCUCGCCGUCUUCGCCCUCUCCACCUGGCCGUACAGCCUCAAGCUCUUCUGGUCGCCCAUCGUCGACGCGUGGUUCAUGCCCAAGUGGGGCAGGCGCAAGAGCUGGAUCGUGCCCGUGCAGGGCAUCACCGGGCUUGGGCUGUGGUUUAUCGGCUCGCGGAUCGAGGGCUGGCUCGCGGCCAAGGAGCACAUUGACAUCAACUUCUUGACCUACGUGUUUGGGUCUCUGAUCCUCGCCGCGGCGACCCAGGAUAUCGCCGUCGACGGCUGGGCACUCACCCUCCUCUCGCCUCCAAACCUGUCCUACGCGUCGACAGCCCAGACAAUCGGCCUGGGUAUCGGCUCGGCCCUCUCCUUCACCGUCUUCCUCUCCCUCAACUCGGUCGAGUUCAGCAACAAGUACUUCCGCACCACGGCUGGACACCAAGACUACCCGCUCGUCAGCCUCGGCUCGUACCUGCACUUCUGGGGCGUCAUGUACAUCGUCGUCACCCUGUGGCUCAUCUUCUUCAAGGUCGAGGACCCCGUCAGCGAGACGGACCCCGACCUCGACGUCAAGAAGGUGUACGGCGUCAUGUGGAGCAUUAUCCGGCUGCCUAACAUCCAGGCCUUCCUCUUCGUCCUCCUGAUCGCCAAGUUCGGCUUCCAGGUCAACGAGUCGGUGACCAACCUCAAGCUGCUCGAGAAGGGUCUGAGCAGGGAAGACCUCGCUGUCGCCGUGCUCCUCGACUUCCCAGCGCAAAUGAUUGUCGGGUGGCUGACAGCCAAGUGGAGCCGGCCAGUCCACGGCCCCGACGAGGGCCGUCACCCCUUGAGCGCGGGCAACGGGCGCUCGUCGCAGCUGAGCGGCACGCUGCGCCUGUGGGUGAUUGCCUUCUGGGCGCGUCUUGCCAUGGCGGCCAUCGCAGCCGCCGUCGUGUGGGCGUUCCCCGUCGGCAACGUCGGCAGUGGCUACUUUGCCCUCGUCGUCGCGACGACGCUCCUGACCAGCCUGUCCAACACCAUGUCGUUCGUCGGCAUCACCGCCUUCCACACCCAGAUCGCAGACCCCCUCAUCGGCGGCACGUACAUGACUCUCCUCAACACCGUGUCCAACCUCGGUGGCACGUGGCCCAAGCCGCUCAUCCUCCGCUCGGUCGACCUCCUCACCGUCUCGUCGUGCUCGACCACCGGACUCCAGUGUACCUCGGACGAAGGCAAGGCGGCGUGCAAGACCGCAGGAGGCACCUGCAACAUUGAACGCGAUGGCUACUAUGUCAUGACGGCGAUCUGCAUCGUCUUGUCAGCGGCCUUGUUGACACUGCACAUCCUCCCAACGGUCAAGCGACUCCAGGCCCUGCCCAUGUCCGCCUGGCGAGUAAAGAUCCCAGCAUAGAGGUAUCAGUUCUACAUUAUGCAUAUAUGCC